AUGUCUACUCCUAGCCUGAGAAAUGCCCAGCAAGUUAGAGACUUUGUGGAGACGAAACACGACAAGCCAUAUGACGCCAUCGACCCAAAGAAGACAAAAUUAUCAGAUGGCUUUGUUGUAUGCAUAAUCGGCGCUGGAGGAGCUGCGGGUUCCGGGCUGGCAAGGUCUUUCGCUCAAGCCAGCGCCUCAGGCAUGGUCCUCGCUGCGCGAUCGCAAAGUACGUUGGAGACAACGGCCACGGAGGUAAGUGAUAUUGAUGCGUCGAUCAAGGUUGCCUCUGUGGUGUGCGACAUCACUUCCAAUGAGAGCGUAGCCAAUAUUGCUUCAACUAUCAAGAGCCAAUUCAACGGGAGACUAGACGCCGUAUUCGUCAACUGUGGGUUCUCGGGUCCCCUUUCAAAGGCUACAGUUCUUGAAGAGGACUUUGAGGACGUGCAAAAAGCCUUUUCCACCCACUGUUUAGGCACAUGGCUUGCCGCACACCACCUUUUCCCCUUCCUUCUUGAGAGCAAAGGUAGUUUUAUCGUCAUCAGUUCCAUCUCAGCUCAAAGUCUCAUCGGAUUCGGCACAACAUCUCACUAUUGUACCAGCAAGCUUGCCCAAGCUCGUAUGGUUGAGAUGCUACAUGCCCAGUACGCCGACAAGGGCAUUUUCGUCGCCAAUGUGCACCCAGGUGGAAUGCAGAGCGAGUUCUCAAGGGCAGCAUCGAAGGACAUUCAGCACCGUGAGCUAUCCCCAAUAUUGAUUUAA